AUGGAGUGUGCUAAGGCUGCUGUUGACAGAGGUACGAUGUUGGUCAUGGAGUGUGUUGUGGUUGCUAAGGCUGCUGUUGACAGAGGUACGAUGUUCAUCAUUGAGUGUGCUAUGGCUGCUGUUGGCAGAGGUACGAUGUUCAUCAUUGAGUGUGCUAAGGCUGCUGUUGGCAAAGGUACGAUGUUGGGCAUCGAGUUUGUUAUGGCUGCUGUUGACAGAGGUACGAUGUUAGUCAUGGAGUGUGCUAAGGCUGCUGUUGGCAGAGGUACGAUGUUCGUCACUAAGUGUGUCGUGGUUGCUAAGGCCGCUGUUGGCAGAGAUACGAUGUUCGUCAUGGAGUGUGGUAUGGCUGCUGUUGGCAGAGGUACGAUGUUCGUCAUGGAGUGUGGUAUGGCUGCUGUUGACAGAGGUACGAUGUUCGUCAUUGAGUGUGCUAAGGCUGCUGUUGGCAGAGGUACGAUGUUCGUCACUAAGUGUGUUGUGGUUGCUAAGGCCGCUGUUGGCAGAGGUACGAUGUUGGGCAUGGAGUGUGUUGUGGUUGCUAAGGCUGCUGUUGACAGAGGUACGAUGUUCGUCGUGGAGUGUGUUUUGGUUGCUAAGGCUGCUGUUGACAGAGGUACGAUGUUCGUCAUCGAGUUCGUUAUGGCUGCAAGCUGCGUGGAGAUGGGCGAGGAGGUAACAGCGGACCUGCACAACCAGCGCAUCUCAGUGCUGCUCGUGUCGCUGGCGAGCGUGGUUGUGUGGUGUGAGGCGCUCCGCCCCCACGCCCUCUACGCCCUCCUGCACGCUUGCCACCAGCACCACGUCAGCGCCCUCCUCGUGGCCGCCGUCCUCGACAGAGUUGCGGUGGCGUUGGACACAACGCGACGAGAGUUGCUGUUCCAACACCUGCAGGAGUUGCUGGACUGCUGGUUUGGAGACCGCCUGCCCCUGAGCGACUUCCCGCUGACAGUGCUGGACGAGACUGACGUCAGCAUCCUCCUGACGAAGUGUCCUGACCAUCUCCUAUAUUACUCUCUCACCCGCCACCCUCCUACACUCGACUGGCUUGCUGACGUCAGUGGGUACAGUAAAAAAGAUAUAUUAACUGAGAAUUUACCGGAACUGCUAGCCAUGUUCGCGCCAUGUCUAGUUCAACACGUCACUGGCCACGACGCCACGUCACACGUCCCUGGCCACGACGCCACGUCACACGUCACUGGCCACGACGCCACGUCACACGUCACUGCCCACGACGCCACGUCACAUGUCACUGGCCACGACGUCCCAGCUGCUGACGAAGCACAACUUCGUCGGGACCUCGCAGCGUUCAAGCGCCUUCAAGUUGCCGUGGGCGACGAUGCCGUGGCAAACGUCGUGCGCGGGCGCCUGGCGCGCCUGAUUAUUCGUCUGCUGUCGCUGAGCCAUUGGGCGGCGCCCUUGGGUGCUGGCCAAGUGACGCCCUUCGUCGCUUCCGCCGCCGCCCACCGCCACCCGCCGCCACAGGGUGCUGGAGAAGUGGUCCCCACAAUAGCUGCUCCCCACCAACCACCAGCGGUGGUGGCCCACUCACUAACCCACUUGAGCAGCACCCUACAGCUGCACCACAACCUGCUGGAGAUGUCAGCAAAGGACGGUGGUGCCCUGCACGAGGUGCUGCUGACGCUGCACUGUCAGCUCAUGGCGGCUGACGCUGCCAGGACCAUGAGACGCGCCCUUGCUGCCCUCGCCGCCCUCUGUCCUGCCCUCGUGCAGGCCCUACAGACGCGACCUGCUGCUUUUGCUAAGGUAGCCAGGACCAUGAGACGCGCCCUUGCCGCCCUCGCCGCCCUCUGUCCUGCCCUCGUGCAGGCCCUACAGACGCGACCUGCUGCUUUUGCUAAGGUUGAAUUCGUUGUCAUCCCCAUGGUGGUACGGAUGCUUAGUUCGUGCCUGGAGCGAGCGGCAUCCCUGCGUCUGGAGUUCGUGGAGCAAAUAGUGAAGAUAUUGAAGGAAACUUUGUCGGGGGUCCUAAAUUACGAACACUUACAUGCUACGGCACGUGUAGCCGUCACGGACCUCGUACCUAAACUACGUGCAUUUUGUCACGAUCUACGGCCAGGGUGGCGGUGUUGCUGCGAGUUACUCACGUUCAUCUUAACCGACCACGAAAUGAUCGUGGAAACAACAUCGCAGUUUCCGCCGCUGUUCCCGAACCUGGAGACUUCCCAGCUCACUGCUCCCCUCAAAGUCCUGCACGACCAGCACUACUCCCUCGUCAGGAGCCGAGGACGUCACCCUGAGAACCUGUGCUCUGAAGUCGCCUUCUUCAGAGCACUGCCUCUGGAUGAGUGGGCCCUGGAACAUCUUCUGCGCCUGCUACAAGCGUCGUCGGAGCAGCAGAUCUCAGAGCUGUCUCCGGACCUUGUCUCCACCCUGACCCUGCGUCUCUUUAACGUGUGCUCGUCUCAGGACGACACGCUCGUUACGCCCCAGGCGCAACAGACGGCAGGGUCCUGUCUCGGUCUCAUUCGUCCCCAGGCGACGAGGACUUCCCUCGAGUCCCCUUGUCCUCAAGUCCCACCCCCGAACUCAGCCGAAGCUUCCACCCUCGAGGACUUAGGCCUCCCUUGGGUCCGCUGGCAGGAGGCAGGGAGCAAGCCCCUGCUGGGGGUGAAGGAGGGACGGGUGGUUCUAGUGCUGGGGUGUCUGGUGGAGCGUCUUGACACCGUGGACCCGGCCGUGUGUCGUGCCAGCAGUGAAGCCCUUUGUAGGAUCGUGCAGAGUCAGCAGGUGCAGGAGGUGCUGCCUCUGCUGCACCGGCAGCUCAAAAGUCGGCUGUGUCUGCUGCAAACUUCACAACGACCUGACCCAGAGACCCCCCCGUCCGCGGUGUCCACCGACAUCCGCCACGACGGCAAGUGGCGGACAGGCGAGUCGGCGGACACGUGGCUGAGACGGCUACUUGUCUUGCUGUUGUCCUCCGACUGCGGGUGUCCAGUCCUCGCGUCUACCAAGUCCGUGUGUGGACUGGACGCCGCCCUUUGCAAGCGCCUACUGCCCUUCGUCGUGCACGCCAAGCUCACGCACGACCCUCACGACGCCCGUGUCCAUCUGUCGUCCCUCAUGGACACUACGCUGUCCCUCUGGAACCACCACGACUUGGUCCAUCGCCCCCUUGUGGUGAAGGUGGUGAACUGCGCCCUGGACUGCGUAGAGAUGCUGUGGGGGCAGCGCCCUCCUGUCAGCUACUGCAGGGCCUCUGCACCUACAGCUCUUGACGGGGCUCUAUGGCUUCAGGU